UCGGUGCAUGAUCGCGCGCACAGCUACGCCAGAGCACAACUCGAGUAGCAGAAAAUGUCUCAUGACCGUGUGAUUCAAGACUCAGAUGCUGAGGAUGAUCCGUUUGUGGCACCCCGAUCCCCAGGGCAGGAGGCCGAUAACGUGCAUGCCGACGUACAAAACCACCAAGAACAAGAGGGCAACUAUGAUUCGAGCAUGAAUAUCAACUUUGAUCAAUACCUGCAAUCGCAGGAAAGAUCACAGCCCGGAAUCCGCUUUCAGCAUCAACAGGAAGAUAGGUGGAACUCGACGAAUGCUGGAGGUGGACCUAUGGGCUCGAUGAUGAACGAGAUUGGACUUGCGCAGCAAAGACUUUUCGACGAUGACGAGGCCCACGUCGUCGAUACGUCGAGGCAGCACCACCAUGAGGGCGUCUACUCAGAGUCGAUCCAAGCAGUUACUACGAUACCUGUACAAGCCGAACAGGUCACUGUUGAUCUCACCGGUCAUCCAUACACCAGCAACUCAUCAUCGUACAGUGCCUUAGAUAGCAAUCUCGGCUGGGCGCAAGCAGACCCCUCGCUAUCAUUAAAUACAAAUCCGAACCCCUCCAGCCUCAAUCGCACGCCUCCACCUCAGCAAUACGAGGCACCUCGGUCCGAUGAUCCCAACGAAUAUGCCACUUACGCUCACGUCGAAGUGCCAAUACAGCCUUACUACCAACAAUUCUCAUCCAUCCCAAGCCACAAUCUCUCCUCCGCAGCCAGAACAUCCUCAUCCUUCAACGUCUUUGAAGCAUCGCUCCCACCCCUCGAGAACGCAUAUCCUGAUACCACCGACAACCAACACAACAUCACCUACUCCGCAACAACCAUCCCCACUGAAGUUGCACCUACCUCCUCUCCUCGACGAAUUGCCUCCCUCCAAGCAACCCCCUUCUCCCCGCACGAUACCCAACCCUUCUCCUCCGUCCCGUCAGCGGCGAAAGCGAGUCGAUACAAAAGCGACAGCCAUCUCGAUACACCGACCAGUCACCCAUCCUACAACGGCAAAGCAACGGCAACAUCACUGGCCCCAACGCAAUUGAGCGCCGACGAGCUAGUCGCCAUCCAAGUCCCCGCUGCGCAAACUCCUACCGUGGAAAAGAAACGCGGCCGCAAGAAGAAACAGCAACCGCCGGAACCACAAGCACCAUCUCUCCCAGAACCUGAUAACCCAACUGAAUCCGAAGCCAUUGUAAUCGACGACAAAAGAGUUAGCGAUCUCGCCGAACCAACCACUACCACCACCACAAUCAACAGCACAGACAUCCAAGACCCCAACCCCACAACGACGACUACGACCACCACCACAAGCACAACCGAACCACCCAACAACAAGCCCGAAAAACGCAAACCAGGCCGACCACCAAAGAACCCCAAACCCCCGACGACAGACCCGGAAGACCCAUCUAACAUUGAACCACCUCAUCAACAAACAGACCUGCCACCCAACCAACAAGACGAAAAAACCCAGCCCUCCGGGACUAAAGAGCCCAAAAAGAAAAAGCUCAAACGCGGCAAAACCACCUCCAUCACCCUGACGAAAACCUACGAAUCAGACAUCGAACCCGACGUGAUCUGGGUCGAAGAAGAAGAAAAAGAAAAUUACGGAAAGCGCGCUGGUCGGGGCCCAGCGAUUGAACUCUCUCCACCACCUUCAGCAACGCUAUCCCUAAAACAACACCCCGAUCCAGAGAUAUUGGAAGCGAAAGAGAAUUUCGAUCCUUCGACUACAGCAGCAGCAGCAGCAGCAGCAACAACAGCAGAACCAGCGCCCAAGAAACGCGGCCGCAAGAGAAAGAAUCCCCCUCCAACGGAGCAGGAGCGCGAACACGAACACGAACAACAGAAACAGGUGGAACAGGUGGAACAGGAGCAAAACCCCGCGGAACCAACCACUGAGCCAGGGGGCGACGAAGGAGAGGAUGACCUUGUCCGCCCUCCAAACCAAGCCGAACCGACUCCGGAUCCUCAACCGAACCCCGAACUCAAUACUGUUCCCACUACACCACUGAAAUCGAAUAAGGGCCCUACCAAGCACAGUCCGAUCUCGUCGACGAGCAAGGUGCCUUACCGCGUGGGUCUGAGCCGGCGGGCGCGCAUCGCUCCGCUGUUGAAGGUGGUUAAGCGAUAAGAUAAUGUCUGGAUACCCCUACUUCCAACUGCUAUUACUGGAAAACAGGAAGGUAGUUGUCGGAUGGAGUCAGUCACGACGCGCUUCUUGCUUUUCACUUCUGCUCCAUUAUAUGUAUAUUGCUCGGUGGAAGGGAGCGGCUCUCAGACUGUAAAAUUCCUUUUUGAGAAUGAGUUAUGUCUUCGCGAAAUACCCCAACAGAGCGGUCUUGCUUCUCGGAAUGGCUACAAUUACUUGUUUCGUCAAUCAUUCUAUCUACAGUGGCUUGAUGAGGCCACGACUGGACAUCUCUACAAUGGUUACGGCCUCCAGAGAUGUCAAUGACAAUCGGAUAUAUUUGUUAUUCUCUUCAGUAGCCUCAAAGGUC